GCCUCGGCAAGGCGUGACGAGAAUGGAGCACUCUCCAGAACGUGGCUCGCCUUGUUCCAUCUGCGAAAACGUCUCCACGAACGCGAUCCGAUUGGACUGCAACCACAACUUCUGCUCCCAAUGCACCAAAGGCAUUUGCACCACCGACGCGGCCGGCGCGGGCAGCAGCAGCAGCUCGUGCCCUCUGUGCCAGGGCGAAGCACGGGCCCCCCAGCGCGUCGCCCCGGAGGAGGGGAUCGUCCCAGAGGGGGUCGCCGCUGUCGUCGCCGCCGGCGCGGACGAUCGCCCGGGCGGCUCGGGCCACGACGCCGCGGGGUGCCCUGCGCCGGACGCCGGCUCCCUCCCGUCCUGCGACUUCUGCCUCGUGAGUAAGCUGCCGGCCGCCAAGACGUGCCUCACGUGCCUGGCCUCGUACUGCGAGAUGCACGUGCGUCCCCACUUGCGCAGCCCGCCGUUCCGGGGACACAACCUGACGGAGCCCGUGCGCGACCUCAGCGCCAUCCGCUGCCCCGAGCACGGCAAGGCGCUGGAGCUCUUCUGCCGAGACGACGGCGUCUCGGUGUGCGGCCUGUGCCCUCUCCUGGGGCGGCACAAGCAGCACCGCGUGGUCACGGUCGAGCAGGAGCUGCUCGACAAGAAGCAAUCGCUGCAAGCCAAAUUGACGUUUCUGGAUGAGACUUCCAACAGGAAAGAGGAGAGCAUUGCUCAAUUGAAGGAGAUCACAACUGGAAUUAACGUGUCGUGUGAAGGCUUCCACGGUAAGCUGUCAGUGCAGUUUCAAGGCCUGCAGAAGGUACUGGAGGACUAUGAGAGAUGCACCACGAAGGCUAUUGACAUGGAGAAGCAAAUAACCCAACUAAGAGUUGACAAGGAGCUCAAGAAACUGACGGCACAAAAUGCAGAGAUAUCCGAACUAAGGAAGAAGAUGUUGGAUGCGCUGGCCAACAUCAACAUUUGGAAUCUGGCCAGCAUCGAGGACUUUGGCGACGCGAUGCCCCCGGAAGCGGAGGAUCUGGAGGUGCAGCGUUUCUCCCUGGAGAGUGUGAAGCUGCAGAAAAUUCUGGAGGCGGUGGAUCACUUGGAGGCGUUUUGUGGGCACCACGUCAGCCACCCCAGCCACGGACAGAGACACCCACCCAGCAGAGAGCCGCAAGCAAGUUCGGCGCAGCAGGUGCCCCAGUUCGCUCAAGCAUCCUCGUGUAAACCGGCACGGACGACGAGGCCCGGCCAUGGGGCGCGUCCGACCAGGGUGGCGGUGGGGAGAGCUCAUUCGACCGGCGACUGCGAGCCGCCUGCCGCCGCUGCCGCCGCCGCCACCACCAACCGCCAGAGAUACCUGCAGUUCAUCACGGAGGUGAAGCUGAACCCGCGGACUGCUCACCCCAACCUGACGGUCACCCCCGACAACAAGAUGGCGUCGUGCGGCCGCUUCCGCUGGUUCUGCGACCGCGGCGCCGAGCGCUUCGAGAGCGUCAUGCAGGUGCUGUGCGCCCAGGGCUUCUUCUCGGGGCGCCACUACUGGGAGGUGGACGUGCGCGGCGCCGGCCGGGGCUGGUGGGUGGGCGCCGCGUACGGCUCCAUGAGCCGCAAGGGCAGUGACGACGCCUGCAGCCUGGGCCGCAACAAGAUGUCCUGGUGCCUCAAGCGCUUCGACGUGGAGUACUGGUGCUUCCACGACAACCAGAGGGUGCCCCUCGUCAUCGAUGAGGAGCCGCAGAGGGUCGGAGUCUUCCUGGACUUUGAAGAGGGGAUUCUGUCCUUCCACAUUGUUUUUCCUCAGAUGAUUCCCCUCUAUUCUUUUAAAACCAAGUUCACAGAUGUUGUCUAUCCUGCCUUCAGGCUAUGGGAGGGGUCCAUUAAGCUUCCUGUGAGUCUCUAACAAUCACCAUUCUAAUCAUCAGCCGGGUUCCAUCCACUGCCGGACGAAGGCCUUCCCAAGCCGUCGCCAUCUCUCACGGCCUUGCGAUGCGACCGAGCUCCUGCACGUGAGAUGAUCCCAUCGCUCCGUCUCCAUAGUGGACGCUCUUCUGAGGCACGCUCCCUCCUUUGGUUGUCGCUUUGCCGUCAGUCUCGACCCACUCCUCUUAAGUCAUCGUAUCUACAGCAGCACGACCAUAGCGCUAACUGACCAGCGGUAGAACCGUGUUCUUGUUCAUACAGAUGACCCCUUUUCAGUGCCGCAUUAGGGCAAUGGCACUUCUUUCCCCUUUGUUUUCAAUUUAUACUAAUGCCAAGCUGAAAGGGAAAAAGUAUUGCUCAGGGGCCUGAUCCCCGUGGCCCCCAUGUGACCUGCUCCCCGUGUAACUCGCUCCUUGUGUAACUUGCUCGAGCGACACUCCCAGAAGUGCGUUGGGGUCCGGUGCCGUCACUGCAGCCUGCUGACUGUGGACCCCAGACUGCAGACACUGCUGCUGCCCUCCUGCACCUCCAGAUGGUGGCCGGCUGCCAGGACAGAUCUUGGAGGUUCGAUGCAUGUCGCCUGUGCAGCAAGCUGCGGGAUCUGGUGGAGGAGAGAAUUAAUUGGUAGCAAGGAGAUGGAGGUAGCAUCAAUGGUCGUGGCUAUGGUGGCAUCUCUUGAUGCUGGAACCACCGCUAUUUUACGGUUGUGGGGGUCCGUGGGCCCCAGUUUAGAACCCCCGAGGUAGGGGUACCCUAAAGGGGAGGAAGGGUGGAGGAGCCCUGACACGCGCCAGAAAUGUCAUCGGUUGAUACGGUACUCUACUCAUCCUCCUGAACAAGGGACUCCUCCAUUAAAAGCGGAUUGGUACGGGCACAAGGUUUCUUGAAAGACGAGCUGUUCAAUAGCCCUUGAUGGCAUCUCAGUGCCUAAGAAUGGACCGGUUACAAAACUGGGCGAGUUGAAUGUUCAUUUUGUGAGUUAAAGGUUGCGUGAUAUGCUAGCAGUAGUGUGAAGAGGUUUUAAUCAAGCUUUGUCCCGAAUUAAAUGAACAGGAUUAACUGGCUUGUCUGUUAACCAAAGGGUUAAUGUUGCAAAACAAACACAAGCAUCUGCUAUGAUUGAUGUAAAAUUCGUGCAAUUUUAGCACCAAGCAAUGCAUGUAGUAAUGCUGAUGUGUCCAUGUACUGGUUUUAUUGGAAAUAUAUAUUUACGAUGUGUCAUCUAUGAAAGAUGACUGAACUACUGUGACACUUUCAGUAUGUACAGUAUAAUUAUGCUUGCUUGUACAAUAUUUUGAUAAUAAGUAGAUAUCGUGAAUGAGACCAGCGUAUGGACAGAAAUUGGUUACCAUUGCUUCUUUGAGCUCGAAAACACGUUUGAGUUUAAUGUAAUUGAAUAAUUAGCAAAUAACUGCGUAAAUAUUGACUACAGCACAGUGCGUACAUCGUAGCAGAGUGUAGUAAUGUUAGCAGUGAGUCUAGCUACGGUUUUGUCAUAUCAAAAUAAUUGCGUGCCUUGGUUUUGUUGCAAACAUUUUUCAAUUAUAUAAAUGUGAAAAUACUUA